AUGGACAUCUCGUUGGUUUUGGGCUUUUCAGAUGAAGACAAAGUAGGAACCAUACAGCUACAUGAUGAUGCUCUGGUGGUCACACUGAGGAUCGGCGGGUACGAUGUGAGAAGGGUGAUGGUUGACCAUGGUAGCGCUGCUGAUAUAAUGUACCCUAACUUAUACAAGGGGCUAGGUUUGAAGCCUGAGCACUUGACAACUUACAGUUCACCUUUGGUGAGUUUUGAGGGAAGAAUGGUCGUCCCAAAAAGUCAAAUAAGGCUACCAGUACAGGCCGGUACGGAUGUGGUGGAGGUAGACUUCAUCGUCGUAGAUGUUUUCUCUCCAUACACGGCUAUUAUGGGCCAACCUUGGCUCCAUACCUUGGGGGCAGUCUCCUCUACCCUACACCAGAAGGUAAAAUAUCCAUUCGGAGGCCAAGUUUUGGAGAUAGUAGGAAGCCAGGUUGCAGUUCGACUAGCCGAUGAGGCAAAAUGUGAAGAUCUGGAAAGGGUAAUGGUUACUGAUGAUCCUGAGAAAUUCUUCCAAGUUGGGGCUAAACUGCCUUCGCGAAAGAAGGAGCAGUUGGUAGAAUUCCUCAGAGAAAAUGUCGAUGUAAUCGCCUGGAGUCCAUACGAAGCCCUGGGUAUAGAUCCGAACUUCAUCUGCCAUCAACUCAAUGUGAAUCCUGCCAUUGUUUUGAAGAGACGGCCACCUCGGCGACCAUCAAAGGAGCACGCCGAAGCCGUUAGGAGUGAGGUGGCCAAGCUCAAGCAGGCCGGGGCUAUUAAGGAGGUUUUUUAUCCCCAAUGGUUAGCCAACACGGUGGUGGUAAAGAAGAAGACUGGGAAGUGA